AUGGCAAAGAGUUAUGUUUCAAGUUUCCUUGUUGUUUUACUGUCACUUGCCGUAUCGGCUGAGGCAGCACCAUCACCACCACCUGCCGUCUACAUCUUCGGAGACUCGACUCUUGACGUCGGUACUAAUGACUUGAUACCUGAGUGCCAAGCAAGGGCGGAUGUUCCUUUCAACGGUGUGGAUUUCCCUUACUCGGAACCGACGGGGAGGUUCAGCAAUGGCCUUAACACUGCUGAUGAAAUCGUGAUGCUGUUGGGUCUAAGGAGGAGUCCACAACCUUUUCUCCGUCUUGUCCGGAAUCCGUCGACUUUCAAGAAGAAUAUACUAAAGGGAGCCAACUUUGCUUCAGGAGGAUCCGGCAUUUUGAACACUACUGGACAGUAUAACUACAAAAAGGUGAUAUCCUUGGAGGAGCAGAUCCGGCAAUUUUCAAGCGUUCGUUCAAACAUCACAAACAUGACGGGAAGUGAUGCACGAACCGAUGCCAUUCUUUCCAAAGCAUUAUUUCUUAUAAGUAUCGGAAGCAAUGACAUCUUCGAGUAUCUGCUUAACCUCACCCUACCACCAUCGAUGACCGUACCAGAGUUCAACGCCGCCCUGGUUUCCACAUAUGAAAACCACUUAAAGGCUCUGUACCAGCUUGGCGCCCGGACUUUUGGCAUCUUAGCCGUUCCCCCAAUUGGCUGCACCCCAUUUGCGCGAGCUGUUUUCAGCACUCAAGUGUACCAUAACGAUAGCUGCUUUGAACCGGCACAGCAGUUUGCACAAGCGUUCUAUACGGAGGCUGUGGUCUUACUACAAAAGUUUAGCUCCCAAGUUGACGAUUUACGCUAUUCGCUUGCAAAUACGUAUUUGAUGACCACUACUAUGAUGGAAGAUAUGCUCGCCUUUGGUUUCAAGGAUACUUCAUCAGCUUGUUGCGGAAAUGGGACUUACCCGUGCAAUCAAACGGCCAGCUUUUGCUCGAAUCGCGAUGAAUACUUGUUUUGGGACCGGUUUCAUCCGACGCAGAGAGCUUCGGAGUUGGCAGCGCUAACUCUGUUCGGUGCAUCGGAAGGGCUUGUGAGUCCCAUGAAUUUCAGUCACUUGUUGAGGGUUCAAAUUUAG